AUGUCCAGUCUGGACAAAGCAUGGCCCGAUGAACUUGAAGCCGACCACAACACCACUCAGACAAAGUCCCACUGCGGCCCCGGCUCCCGCUCCCGCUCCAGACCAGGCUCAGACAUGGACACAGACUCGGAUUCGCAGUCCAGAGCCAGACCCCAAGACACUCUGCUGGAAGUAGUCGACACGCCCGAUCGCGGCAUGGCCGUCUUCGCCCGCCGCAAAAUCAAAGCCGGCACCACCGUCAUGGCCGAACACCCCUUAAUCCUCCUGCACAAGGACGAAGAGACCGACCCAGCCGCGAUCGAGCGUGAGUUCGCGGGCCUUUCGCGCUCUGACCAGAAAUCCUAUCUUCGUCUCUGGGACGCCCAGAAGUCGCGCAUGUCGCGCGUCGUCUCGAUCUACUAUAGCAACUGCCAUAAUUGUGACGCAUUCAUCAAACCGAAGUCAGAGACGACCGAUGCCGCGAACCACGAACCAGAAUCCGAACCCGAACUUCAACCCGGGACUAACCCCAGAGCAGACUCAGACUCCAAGGUCAAGACCAAAGCCACGCACGGAGACGGAGGGGGUGGUUCAGCAAUAGGCGCCUUCUCCAGCCGCUUCAACCACAGCUGUGUCCCGAACGUGCAGUUCUCGUACGACGAGACCACGAACGAAAUGCGGUUCCGCGCGAUCCGCGACAUCCCCAGAGGCAAAGAGGUCUGCACCAACUACGACAAGACGGUGUUUGAAGGCGCGGCCAAACGGCGGCGCAAACAGCAGAUCUACUAUGGCUUCGUGUGUGCUUGUGAGGCGUGCGAGCCGCGGACCGAGUUCUGGGCCAGGAGCGACGAGCGGAGACGGGGGAUGUAUGAUGCUUUUCGGACCGUGCUGGGGUGUGAGAAGCGAUAUACUAGUACUAUUACUAUUACUAGUACUCACCAACAGCAUGUGCGAGGGGUUAGGACUGCGACUGAGACUGCCAUGCAUGGCCAGCAUCACUCCUUGCCGAAGAAAUAUGAGGCCAAAGAUAAGUCCAAUGGACAAGACUUCGAAUCCGAAUCAGAGUGCUUCUCAAUUGUGGACGAGGCAUUCGCCGCCCUGGCCAAAUUGGAAGCAUUGCUGCUCAAGGAAGGUCUCGUGGGCGGUCCCCUGGCGAACACGUACCGGAGUAUGGCGAAAUGGGCGGAGCGAAGAGGAGACAUGACACAAGCAGCGCGGUGGAAGGGAAAGGAGCGGGAUGUCUGUCUUGUCAUCUUUGGCGAAAGUGCUACGAGUAUCAGGACGAAGGAGAUUGAGGAGAAGUUGAGGAAAUUCGAUAACACGAGCGACAAGGGAACAAUGUCAAGAGACUCCCGGGUCUUGACAACUUUGAGAUAG